AUUUUCGAGUCCAAGUGUCAUUUGGUGACUGACUUAGACUCUGUAGGGCCGCUAGAUCGGAUAUUAAAGUUUGACUCUAUAUGAGUGGAUGUCAGUUUUGUGUUAGGUUUACCGCGUCCUUGAAAAGAGUUCUGAGGAGGUCCGAGUGGUUCGCUAUGUCGAUUUCAGACGAAUCUCAGCCACCGAACAAGAAGAUGAACAUUGAGAACGGGGACGGUAAAACGCAACAGCCCAAAAUCGGUACACACAAUGGAUCCUUUCACUGUGAUGAAGUCUUGGCAUGUUUCAUGUUGAAACAGCUUCCCAAAUAUAAGAAUGCUCGCAUUGUUCGAUCACGAGAUCCUGCUGUACUGGAUGAAUGUGAUAUUGUUGUUGAUGUCGGUGGAAUAUUCGAUCCAGCAAAAAAUAGAUUUGAUCACCAUCAAAGGACAUUUGAUGAAACCAUGAACUCAUUGAAUUCCAAAAUGAAAUGGACAACCAAACUGAGCAGUGCUGGUCUUGUUUAUUUUCAUUUUGGUCGAGAGGUUCUAUCACAUAUUAUUUUGCCGCAGACUAUUGAUGAUGACACAAUGGAUGUUAUUUAUAAUAAGAUGUAUGAUAAUUUUGUUGAAGAGAUAGAUGCCGUUGAUAAUGGUGUUGAUCAAUAUGAUGGCGAACCAAGAUACAGAGUCACCUCAACUAUAGGAGCUAGAGUUGGAAGAACAAAUCCAAGUUGGAAUGAAAAGAAUUGUGAUGAGCAGGCACUAUUUAUGAAAGCAAUGGAAAUGGUUGGAACUGAAUUUAAACAAAGAAUACUUGGUUUUAUCAACAGUUGGCUGCCAGCACGUUCAUUGGUAGAGGAUGCAAUAAAACAAAGAUUUGAGGUGCAUAAAUCUGGAGAAAUCAUUGAACUGAAACAUUUUUGUCCAUGGAAAGAUCAUCUGUUCACACUUGAAGAAGAACAAACAAUAGAACCUGCUAUCAAAUAUGUCAUCUAUGCUGAUGCUGCUGGAAAAGCCAGAGUGCAGUGUGUUCCUGCUGGCAAAAAUACUUUUGAGAACAGGUUGUCAUUACUAUCUCAGUGGAAGGGAUUGAGAGAUGAGGAAUUAUCAAAAACAUGUGGAAUACCAGAUUGUAUUUUUGUCCAUGCAAGUGGAUUUAUUGGCGGAAAUAAAACCAAAGAAGGUGCACUUGCUAUGGCUGUCAAAUCUUUACAAGCGCAAGGGUGUGGUUGAAAUUGUUCCAGAAUAAUUCUACUGAUAAUAAUGUAGAAAUGACGAUUCAAGGCGGGAAAGCUGAGUCUUCUUCCGUAAGCAAAGCAGCGAAUACCAUACUUGCAAUUUUUAUUGUCAUCUCAAAUCAUUUACCUGCUGUUUCAUCUAGAAAACAUUGUUAUGAGCGUUUCAUAAGUGUUGAAUAAAUAAACAAGCCUUGCAAAUUUAGCGAAUUUUCUACAAAGCCAAAUUGAUCAGUUGGUAUUUUCUACACUUAAGAUUUGGCUGAAAAAGUUUUGUUCAUAGCUUUUUCUGGCAACAUUAUGUAACUGUCUGGAGGAGAGGGCCGAUGCGAGAAUUGCAUACAUAUUUGGGUGACCUAA